AUGAACUGGGAGCGACUGGGAGGGCUGGGGGGCACUGACCCCCUGAGGUGGGCGGGCAAGCCGCCGGCGCUGUCCCCGCUGGUGUGCGCGCGCUUCGGCUGGGUCAGCGUCGAGUGUGACAUGCUGAGGUGCUCCAGCUGCCAGGCCUACCUGUGCAUGAGCCUGCAGCUCACCUUGGACCUCAGCAACUAUCGCUUUGCCAGGCUCCUGGUGGAUGAGCCCAGAGUUCUUCUCCAGGAUUUCCUGGAUCGCUUCCAGAGCCUAUGUCAGCUGGAGCUGCAGCUGCCCUCCCUCAAACCAGAAGACCUGAAGAACAUGUCCCUGACAGAGGAAAGGAUCACUCGGCUCCUCCAGCUCAUCGGGGAGGAGCUGGAGCACAAGGGGACAGAGGGAGAGAAGCCUCCCGGGAAGUUUUCCACGGAAAUCCUGCAGGUGCACGUUCCUGCCUGUAUCCUGGCGCUGUGCGGCUGGACCUGCAGCGCUGCCUCGGGCUCCAUGAACCUCUCGGUGAUCACCUGCUCCCGCUGCAUGAGGAAGGUGGGGCUGUGGGGCUUCCACCAGCUGGAAUCCUCUGCAGCUCCAGAGCUGGAUUCCUGUGGCUCCAGCAGCGCCACCCCGGCUGCUCCCGAGCGCUUCCCGCCCGUGCCCACCUCCCCUCGCAGGAUGCUGACACGGAGCCAGGACCCGGCAUCCGAGCAGCAGCACGAGAAGAGCCCGUCCCCAGCCGUGGCCCGGCCCCGGGGCUGGGACUCCCCCAGCUCCAUGGACAGGGGCGAGCUGGAUGUGAGCAGCCCUGCCCUGAGGAGCCGCCCCGUGACCCGCAGCAUGGGCCAGGGGGACACCAUGGAGGUGCCAUCCAGCCCCGCGCGCAGGGCCAAGCGCGCGCGGCUCUGCUCCUCCAGCAGCUCGGACACUUCCUUGCGGAGCUUCUUCCACCCCAGCUCUCAGCACCGGGACUGGUGUCCCUGGGUCAGCACUGGGGAGGGACAGGAACCCCUGGAGGACGCUGCGUCCCACACAGACAAGGAGCCUGGCAAGGCUGAGCCAGGCUGGGAGGUGGUGCUCAAGAGGCUCCUUGGCAUCCAGAAAUGCGACACGGUGCCCGAAACGGAGCCGGUGAGCCUCUCGGAGAAGUCCUGCAAGGUGUUCCGCAUUUUCCGCCAGUGGGAGAGCAUGAAUUCCUCCUCCUGA